GCUGGAUUUGGGGCUGGCUGCUGGGAGUGUCCCUUUAAACUCGGCGUCCAGGCAGGGUAAUCUGCCAGAGAUUAUCUGCCGGGGAGAGGAUUGGCAUUAAAGGGAAUGUCUCCUCCCUCCCCCCGUGUCCUGCAGCAUCCCCUGGCCUGGGGUGUGUGUGCAAAGCAAGUUCACUUUCUCCUGGGCGAGCAGAGAGGGGUCUGGGCUUGGAGGGGCGAGGGGAGGAGGGCAGAUGAUGGCACUGGGCCUCCUCUUCCUCACCGUGCUGGCCACGCUCACCUGCUGCCAGGACCCAGAAGGAGACCUGGACACGUACUGGUCUGGCACGGCUCCCAUCUGCGUGGGGGGCUGCAAGGGCAGGCACAAGGAGCUGAAGAGGAGCCAGUGUGGGAACGGCAGCUGCUGCUGGCUGGGCUACAAGUCCUUCUGCAGAGUGAACUGCGGGCGGCCCGAGGCGGAUUUUAACUCGGUGGUGCACGGGAACGACUGGUGGGUGGGCUCCGUGGUGCGCUACAGCUGCCGGCCCGGCUUCCUGCUGCUGGGGGACCCCGCCAGCGCCUGCCAGUCCGACGGCCGCUGGACCCCCAAGCCCUCCUGCCUCCGUGAGUAG